UUAUUCAUGUUUCAUGAAAAAUAAAUCUUUCUUGCGACGAUGGAUAAAAGAGAGAGAGAGAGAGAGAGAGAGAGAGAGAGAGAGAAAAAAGAAAAAGAAAAAAGAGAAAAAGAAUGGAAAAAUUCUUCUCUAUUUGCGAAGGACACUUCGUUGUGAUCAGUAUUCACACGGUGCACCACGAACAUAGAGGAAGAUACGAAGAAGAAUAAAUAAAAGAAAGGAAAAAAAAAAUAUAUAUAUAUAUAUAUAUAUACAUAUAAAUUAGGAGUAGAAGAAGAAGAAGAAGAAAAAGAAAAGGAGAGAAUAGAAAAGAAGUGUAAAAUAUCGUAGAUAAUGAUGUUAACAGAAAAUUCGAUAAGUGGUCCGAUAGAAUUUGGUUUACGUUUGAUCGGUCUUUGGCCAAAUUAUACUUACGCGAUAUUUCAUAGAAUUCUUUGGACUAUGACUAUGAUAUUUGUUCUUUUUUCCGAAUACGUAUACGUGGUGAUGCAUAUUAAAACUGACGAGCUACCUGAUCUCAUGGAUUCAUUGACUAUCACGUUGUCCAAUAGUUUACUAUUUAUUAAACUUAUAAUACUUUGGUUCAAUGAUCGAAUUUUCGAGGAUAUUUUAAUAAUGAUAAUAGAAGAUUACGAGAACAACGACGAAAGAAAUAAUCGUGAAAGAAUGAAGAAGAAAGUUAUUCUCUCUCAACGUUUCGCAAGUUGUACAAUUAUAUUAUAUUCGACAACGGUUAUAUUAUUUUCGAUAUCCGUAAUUUUUGCAUCUGAGAGAGUACCAGUACUUAAGAUGGAAUUACCAUUCGACUCAAUGAAAUCACCGAUUUACGAGAUAGUAUCAAUAUUACAAUUUAUACAAGAAUUACUAUUUGCCUCGACUUCCGGUCUAUUGAACGGUCUGAUCGUGACCUUGAUGCUUCAUCUUGGUGGACAAGCAGAAAUCAUGUGUCAAAGACUCGGCGAUAUCUCAUUGGAAAUAAUCAAUGGAAAAUCUUGCAAGGAUAAUUUGAGAUCGUUGAUCUAUGCACAUCAAAGGAUUAUUAAUUUUUCUACUUGCGUCGAAAGUGUAUUCAAUUAUAUCGCUUUGAUACAAUUCCUAUCGAAUACUUUGGCGAUUUGUUUUUCUGGAUUUGUGAUAAUAACGUCUUUCGACUCCGAUCAAGGCUCAGUAAUAUUGGCAAAGACUUUACCAUACUACACUGUGGUCAAUUUGGAAGCGUUCAUUCUUUGUUUCGCUGGCGAAUAUCUCACCUCGAAGGGAAAAGCUAUCGGUGAAGCCGCAUACACGUGCACUUGGUACGAACUAAGGCCGAAUGAAAGUCGAUAUUUCUUGCUUUUGAUACUGAGAUCUCAGAAAAGAUUGACGAUCACUAUCGGAAAAUUCAUGGAUUUAUCUUUGGAAUGUUUCGCCAGUAUAUUAAAAGCAUCGGCAUCAUACGUUUCAGUACUUUAUGCCAUGUAUUGAAUUAUUUAUUGUAUAUUAAUUCAGAUAAAUAUUUGAAUGAAUGUUUUUCGAAUAUUGAUAUCGUCGAGGGGAAAAUUUUAUUGAUAUUAUAUAUUGUGAAUGAGUGUAGAAUACUAUUGAUACGUUAUAGUUUUAUUCGAUUAUUAUCGAUUCAUUUAAUUUCAAAAUAAUAUAAAUAAUAAAUGAAAGUAUAAAUGGGAAAUGAUUAGUUAAUCGUUAAUUAUAUAUUAAUAACCACAAUUUCAGUAAAUUUGAAAAUGAAAGAAGCAAAAAAAUAACAGAAAUGUUUAACAUUAAUACCCACCCCCUUC